UGGCAAUAUAUAUGUUGAAUUGGCUCCGUUGGCUCAUUCUGCAAAUGUACAAACAGUUCCUGAUGUAUUUGAAUAUUACCAAGGUACCCAAUUUGAGGAGAUUCUUGAUGGACUAGAUGGCUACAAUAUGAAUGACUCAGAUGAUGAAUCGAAUGAUGUAAGCUAUGCUGAAGAUGAGCUGUCAAAUGAUGAGGUUCAGGGGGGCGAAUUGGAGGAAGUAGAAGGAACAAUAACAAGAAAUGAGGAGGAAAUUGGUACUGUGUUGAGUGGGUUUACACAGAGAUCAUUUCUAUGUAAUGAAGAAUGUUUUGAUAACCUGGAAUCUGAAAAAUGGGAGGACCAACUACUGCUGGCAGUAGGAAAACAAUGGGUCACUAUGGAUGCAUGUAGGAAGUACAUUAGGAUGUAUGCCAUUAAGAAUAAGUUUGAAGUUCUUUUUCAGAAAAAUUGUGGAGAUAAGAUCAUAUUAAGGUGCAGAGGUGUAGGGUGUGCAUGGAGGUGUUACAUUAAAAGAAAGAAUGAUGGCCACACAGCUGAAG